AUGGGAAGCUACGAGCCUACUGUCUGCGAACAGAAGCAGAGCUUCAAGACACCAUGGAUCGAAACGCCUCUGGUCGAGAGCGCCUGCCUUUCCCGGGCCGCGGGAUGUAGGGUCUUCCUGAAGCUGGAGAACGUCCAGCCCAGUGGCUCCUUCAAAUCCCGUGCAAUGGGCAACCAGAUUCUUUCACACCUCUACAAGCCGGAAAAUGCGGGCCGCCCCGUCCACUUCUACGCCUCGUCUGGCGGAAACGCCGGACUUGCAGCCGUCUGCGCUGCCCGAAGCCUGGGAUACCCAUGCACAGUCGUCGUUCCCACCUCCACAAAGCCCUUGAUGGUGGACAAACUCCUAGCGGCCGGUGCUGCAGACGUCAUCCGCCAUGGUGAGAACUUCUUCGAGGCCGGUUCUUAUAUGAAGGAAGUCAUCAUGAAGAAGAGCUCCGGAAACGACGAGAACGUGGCCAAGAUUGCCCUACACCCAUUCGACAACGAGCCUAUCUGGCAAGGAAACAGCACUAUCAUUGACGAGCUCGAGAAGCAACUGCCCCCGGCCGCCAACGCCGAAGAGGAGGAAGUUUACCGUGGGCGGGCGCUCCCUCUGGAUGCUGUGCUAUGCAGUGUCGGCGGCGGCGGUCUUCUGAACGGUCUGGUCAUGGGCCUUGAGAAACGUCGACCCCAGAAACUCCAGAAUGCCCCUUUCACAACUAAACCCAUUAACAUCCUCGCCAUCGAAACGGACGGCACCGACUCCUUGGCCGCCGCCAUCGCCUCCAACUCCCUCGUCUCCCUCCCUAAGAUCACAUCCCAAGCCACUUCCCUCGGUGCCAUCCGUGUAUCGGAAACCACCUUCCAAUAUGCCGUUGCUCCCCCACCGGGAAUCAAGGUGCACAGUGCUGUUCUCACAGACGCCGAAGCCGCCCGAGGCUGUCUCCGCCUCGUCGAUGACGAGCGGUUCCUCGUCGAACUGGCCUGCGGUGUCUGCGUUGAAGCGGCCAUCGGCGAUGCUGCCACCGCUACCCCUGCUUCGGCGAACCCCGUGGCAGUGGGUCAAAGCCCCAAAAAGCGGAAGAGGGGUCCCAACGAUACUGGCCACCGUGAUGAGGGUUACGGAGAUGACCGAUUGUCGUCGACGGAGAACGAUAAUGAGACUGACCCCGAGCCUGAGGCGGAGGUCGGCGACGUCGCUGUUGCCAAGUCACCAGCAUUCAAGUCGAAAAUGAAGCAGCUUAUUCCUGACCUCAACGAAAACAGCCGGAUUGUUAUCAUCGUUUGUGGAGGGUCUAAUGUCACUAUUGAGACCGCUGGCGAGUGGCGGAAGUUGCUGGCCGAGGGUUGGGCUUGA